AUGGACCACGAGGCCGACGAGGACAGCUCCGCCAGGCAGACGGGGUACGAGCUCUCCGCGCUCUCCAAGGCUGCGCGCCGCCCGUCGCGCGCGAGCGCGGGGCACGAGCGGCCGUCGUUCGGGCUGCAGCUGAGCAAGUUUGCGCCCGAGGACGAGGCGGUCACGGUCGACGACGAGCCAGUCCCAGAGUACUACGGCGCCACCAAGGCCCAGGCCGUGCGCUUUGACGCGCUCCCCGCCGUCGAGGGGAGCUUGUUCAAAACCGAUGCGCGCCCCGGGCCCUCGAUCCCGCCGACGCCGACGGAACGUGCGUUCGACCACGGGGGGAUCCUCGAAGGCGGCGAGGGCGACGCCGAGGCUGUCGACGCGGCGCUGCGCGCCUCCCCGCCGCGCGACACAGGCGCCGAGGACGCUGCCGAAGCCUCCGCCGAGCCGCUGCCCCCCGUCGACGGUGGGCGCGAGGCCUGGCUCUUCCUCGCUGCCGGCACGUUGGUCGAGGUCAUGGUCUGGGGCCUGCCCUUCUCCUCGGGCGUGCUGCUCGAGUACUGGUCCAACACGCUGUUCAAGGACCGCCCCGGUGUCGAGGGAACGCUCGCGCUCGCAGCGACGCUGCCGACGGCCAUCCUCUACUUUCUCGGCGCGCCGCUCGGGCCCCUCUUCGCUGCGCUACCUUGGUAUGAGAAAUACUUCCAGCUAGGAGGUCUCGUCAUCGCUACCUGCGGCAUAGUCGCGUCUGCGUUUGCGACCGAGCCAUGGCACCUCGUCCUGACCAUCGGCAUCAUGUUCACCUUCUCUGGCCUCACAUACUACCCCUGCGCGACGAUCAUCUUCGAGUGGUGGCACAAGCGCGUCGGCAUGGCCUCGGGGAUCAUGUACGCUGGCACCGGGCUCGGCGGGACCAUGUACCCUUUCCUCGUGACGGCGCUGCUCAAGCGGGCGGGGUACAAGUGGACGAUGAUUGCGCUGGCGUGCAUCUUCUUCGCGCUCAACGCCGCCGCGCUGCCGUUCAUCAAGCGGCGUAUCCCGCUCCCGCCGCGCCCGAAGCUCCGCCUGCGCCGGGGCGAGCGCGAGCGACACCCGCCCGGGCCGAGGAGGCGCGUGUUCGACCUCGCGUGGCUGCGCACCGCGGCGCCGUGGACCGCGUUCGGGACCGUGUUUCUCGGCUCGCUGGCCAACUUUAUCCCUGCGGUCUGGCUGCCCGUGUUUGCGGCCACGGUGGGGAUCACGACGCCGAGCGGCACGGGCCUGAUUGCGAUCCUGAACGCCGUCACUGUCGUCGGGCAGACCAUGGGCGGCUGGCUGUCCGACCGCGUGCCCGUCCGCGUAAUCAUGUUUGCGCAGAGCUUGUUCGCGUGCCUCGCAUGCCUGCUGCUCUGGGGCAGGUUCGGGACGCACGCGGCCGGCCUGACGGCGUUCACGAUCGUGUGGAGCUUGUCGGCGGGCAGCAUGGCCGGACUGUGGGCGAGCCUGAUCCGCGUGUUUGCGCGCGGCGACCCCGCCGUCCCGCCGCUGGGCUUCAGCGUGUUCAUGACGCUGCGAGGGAUUGGGAAUUUGGCGUCGGGCCCUAUUGCCACGGCUCUGCUCAAGAUGCACCGGUUCGGCGGCGCGGGCGGCGCAUACGGGCACACCGACUAUGGUGCGCUUGUUAUCUACACGGGCACCAUGAUGGCGGCUGGUGGGUGUGUGAUUGCCUUCUUCCCGUCGAAGUAGGCCGUGGGGGGGAAGAACAAAGCGGAG